AGGAAACGUCAAGCGCUGACUAGCAAGAACUGCGAAGUAAAAGCAGGUUGGGGUAAGAAAACACCAAAGGAGGGGUCAUAAACAGCAGGCGCCCAGCUGGGCACACGACGACCUCCAGACCUGAUUGUUGUUCAGCGGCUGUCGUGCGGGAGACGAACGCUGGGCGGUUAGAGCGCGGCUGCCGUCAUCAGAGGAAGAAACUUCGAUGCGCCUGUUGCACGAUCAGGAGGACAACUCCGCGUUGACGUCCGACAUGGUCCUUGCUGCGCGCGAGCGAUGGAGCCACUUUCCAGGGCAUGGAUGGGUCCUGUUGCUGUCCCGCAGCUUGCAAACUUCUCUCGUGAUGCUGCGCUACUGCCAGGAUGCAGGCUACUGAUAGCCACAAACAACCAGCGUCAUCCUUCCAGAAGGGACGGAAUCCUCGGAGGCAGGAAGUAUGCAAACAUUUCAGCUGCCUUUUUCUGUAAAAGGAGACAAUGCGCAAAGUCCAGCAUCUCAAUAAUCUCGGCUUUGUUUUGCUCGAGUCCCACCGUUGCGCUAACCGGAUGUUCCAUCUCGGCUGCGAUCUUGAGAUCGCCAGGUUAUAGACGAACAUCCCAGAUCUCGAGGCUAUGUUCAAUUUGUGGGGGCGACACCAAACACCAAAUCCUCAGGACAAUAUCUCUGUCCUACAGAUCUGUGGAAAGGCGUAUCGUGUCAGUUGGCUCAUCUUGCUGUCCCCAGCGAUACUGAUCGCCUCUGGGCUUAUCGUGUCACGAGAGCACUGUCCAGAGAGCGGCAAAGGGAGAGUUAUCGUAAUAUUUGGCCACAAUAGAAGCCAUGUCGCGAAAGAACAAGCGUAGAGGCGUUAAAGAUCCGGACAUGCCGCGGACUGACAAGGUUGCACGGUCUGCCUGC